GCCGCCUGCGCCUGCGCGGACGCCGUGGCCGCCUGCCGCAUCGUCGGGCCGCUGGGCACCGUCGGCGGGCUGGUGUCGGGCGCGGCCGAGCGCGUCGCGCGGUGCCUGCCGCUGAUCGAGCGCUUUGUGUUUGUCACGCCGCCGGUCGUUGUGCGCAACACGCCGGCUGGGCGCGAGGCCGUCCAUGCGCACCUGCGCGCACCCCCGCUGGCGCACUCGGGGUCGAGGUGGGCGCAGCGCGACGCGUGGCCGGACAUCCUGCACGUGCGGCGGCGCGUCCACCGGCACACCGGGCUGCUGCGGCCCGUGCAGGUGCGCCAGCAGAUCGCCUUCCCCGAGCGCUUCCUGCUGCAGUACGACUGCGGCAAGCUGCAGGCGCUGGACCGGCUGCUGGCGCAGCUGGUGCGCGACGGCCACCGCGUGUUGAUUUUCACGCAGAUGACGCGCGUGCUGGAUAUUCUCGAGCAGUGGCUGAAUCUGCACGCGUACCGCUACCUGCGCUUGGACGGCGCAACGAGCGUUGAGCAGCGGUGGCGCCUGACCGAGCGCUUCAACCAUGAGCGCCGCUGGUCGGUGUUCAUCUCGUCGACGCGCGCCGGAGGGCUGGGCAUCAACCUGACCGGCGCCGACACUGUGGUGUUCUACGACAGUGACUGGAACCACGCUAUGGACGCGCAGUGCCAGGACCGCUGCCAUCGGAUUGGCCAGCAGCGGGAGGUGCGCAUCUACCGCUUGAUCAGCGACCGCACGGUGGAGGAGGCCAUUUGGCGCAAGCAGUGUGAAAAGCGGUGGCUGAACCAGGUGGUCAUCCAGGACGGCAAUUUCAGUGGCCAGUCGACGGCCCAGCCACCGGGUGCAAUGGCGGGCGCGGGCCCAGCGCCGUUGGGCGUGAGUGACUGGUACGAUCUCGCCGGAUCCAUGCUGGCCGAAUCCAACGGGGCUGUUUCGGCUGCUCCUGGGGCUGUGCGCGCGGCGGCGGCUGCGUCGGCGGCGUCGGAGCGUGACGGCCUGGGCAUGCUUGCGGCUGCCGAGGACGAGGUUGACGCAGCGGCGCUCAAGGUCGCCAUUGCGGAGGUUGCCCAGGCAGAUGCCCUGGAUCUUGGGGAAGUUGACGAGCUGCUGCCCACUGCCAACAAUGCCCCUAAUGCUCCCGGUGGCAAUGGUGGCCUUGCAGACACCACGGCUGAUGGCAACGCUGGCAACGCUGGCAACGCUGGCAACGCUGGCAACAACGAUAAUGACAAGGACAACGACAACGACAACAACUAUGAUGAGGAGGAUGGUGUGGGCCAUGUGGAUGAUUACAUGAUGCGCUUUGUUUCCGACAUUCUGUUUGCUCAAAACGCGUCGACCGUGCCAAGCUAAACUCCUUUUUUUACUAUGUGAAAGUAAAAUACAAUCCUUUUUUUUGUCGAUCCAACUUUUUUCUUCUAAAAUGCGGA